AUGGCUAACCACCAAGCCCGCAUGUCAAUGUACUCGGUGGCUUCCGACUCUGCCACUGGACAUCGAGGACCAGGACAGCAGGCAUCCCAAGUCUCAACUACAACAUUGCUGAAUGGAACUCAUAAUAUUUACUUGUCUUCCCAGCCAUACCAGCUCGAUGCUGCGACGAGUAUAGUCGUCAACACGUGGUUGACCGCGGCUCAGGUUGGACCUGACGGGAGGACAGGUGGUACUGUCGAUGCUAGUUUGGCUGCUCGUGCCUGGGAACACGCACGACGUCGCGCAGAGGAUGGUUGCAUUGUCCUGAGCUCUUUGCACACAUCGACGCCAUCUGUUCUGGCACCAUUUCUUCAAACGCUCCCUCUAUCUCUUCCGUCGUCCCUGUUUGCAGCUCUCGAAGCAAUCAGACCGUUUAUCCACUGCGUCACUCCGUACAACCCUUCAACGCCCCUUCAAGCUGCUCUCGGUGUCACCUUGACUCUCAACCUCACAGGCAACUUAACUGCUACCACGCUUGCACUGUCUCAGGGCGGAAUCGACACAGCAAAAGGUCUCUUGAAUAUUCCUGCGGAAGCGGGAUACCGAGCCUUUGAUGUCUUCUACUACUUGCUGACCUCGGCUUCGACGCCGGCCGAACGCGAAUUUCUCGGCCUUAAGCCAGCUGCGAGCUACUCUCUCCUCGCCAAAUCUGGCACUUAUGACCCGCCGUCCUAUCUGCCAACCGCCGACGACGCAGCUGCUGCCGAUGAUUUCAGAGCUGCUCUCAAAGAGAUUGGUAUCAAGGGGUCUGCGCACCGCAACUUCAUCUCUACUCUUGCUGGUCUACUCAAGCUUGGCAACACAAUCGACUAUAGCGUAGAUGGGGAUCUCCUAGACGACAUUUGUGAAGAUGUUGGUGGAUUGCUCGGACUAGACCCUGAGGUGUUGGCACGUCAAUGCAGUACCGAGGAUAGGCAGACUCUGGUCGGAGGUCUUUACGAGGCUUUGGUUGAUUGGGUCAUUUCAAGGGCGAAUGAGGCCAUUGCCGUUCAACUUUCCCGUACGCGAGAUGGCGCAGAUUCCCUCGAUGGCCAUGAUUCCAGCAAUGAUACCGUCUGCAUCACGGUCGUUGAAAUUCCGGACCCUACCCUCGGCAAGGCCGUCGCUAUGCGUGGCAUUUUUGAUGACUCGACUGGAAUCAACGCUGAGAUGAAGGAUGAUGGUGUAGAAGUGAUUGCGGCGGGCAGCUCCGUUUUGCGAGAAAUGCAGAAUGCUGUGGCUGAAGUCGGGCCAGAGCUCGGUAUCAUGACUGGACCAGCAGGCCGCGACAGGCAGCAUGAACUCGAGAAGAGGGAAGUUGUCCUCGAAAAGGUGGGCCUCGCCGGGGAUGACGAUGGCUUCCUGAAGAAGCUCCUCUUUCCCGUAGCAGGAGCAGGCAUCAAUCUUGGCCGCGCUGGGCGGUUCGAUCUCUCCUCGGUGCUUGCCAGCAGCCGUGCUUGGUAUCACCUUUCCAUCCACCCGACCGAUGAUACACCUGCCAGUCUAGCAGCACUGCCAUCGAUCACUUCUGCUUGGUCUGCAGGCACCGUCUCGCGCCAGCUCCGAGCUUGGAGGCUGCCCGAGUGGGCGAACCGCCGGAAUAAGAAUCUGGACUUUACGGCUGAUUUUGAUCUGGAGGAGUUCACCACUCGUUUUGCUCCGUUGGGCUGCCGUGACGGCCGUGAAGGCAUCGAAACGUGGAUCCUUGAAAGAGGCUGGAGCAACGGCGAGGUCGUUGUGGGGCGCGAACGCGUUUGGAUGCGCGAGUCCGCCUGGUGGGAAGCCGAGAGUAUGCUGGACAUGAAGCCCGCCGACAUGCCCAUGGGAGCCAGCAUGAUGCUUCCUUCUGGGGCCCUCGAAACGGGCUACUCCAACACUGGCAGCGGCUAUUUUGGUGGUCCAUUCAUGGACCAGAACUCCAACAUGAGCAAUGACCAUAUGGUGCACUCUCGCAACCAAAGUCAGAUUACCUUGGCGCAGCAAGGCCUUGCUGCUCCAUCUAUAGCUCCUAGUGCCAUGCGAAAUCUGAGCUCUGGUGAUUACGGUCUUGGCAACAAGGGAGACAGUCAUCGUGACCAGAUCUAUUACACCAGCGGUGGUGAUUUUGGCAACAACCUCGAUCCGGACCUUGCUCAAGGAAAGCAUGUUGAAACUGAGAGCGUGACCUUUGGCCGAAGAGCUUGGGUCAUGUUGGUGUGGACGCUUACUUUCUGGAUUCCAUCGCCUCUGCUCAAGUACGUCGGUCGCAUGAAGCGACCCGAUGUCCGUAUGGCCUGGCGUGAAAAGGUGGUUCUCGUGUUCCUGAUUGCCCUUGCCAACGCCAUCAUCAUUUUCUGGAUUAUCUGGUUUGGUCAGUUGCUUUGCCCCAAUUCCGACAAGGCAUGGGACCGGGACGAGGUCGCCACUCACAUGGGUUCCGCGGAUUUCUGGGUCAGCAUUCACGGAAAAGUCUACGAUAUUUCGAAAUUCUACAAAUUGCAGCACAGUGACACGGAUACUGAGACAAGUUCGAGCAACAUGGAGCAGUUUGCUGGUCUGGAUCUUUCCGAGUACUUUGUCGCCCCCUUGCCGUUGACUUGUCCUGGACUCGGCAUUGACAGGACUACCUACCUCAAGCAGAACAGCACACCCGAGUUGACUGAAGGCAUUCACUAUACUGGCUACCUUCAGCCCGACACAACCUCGAAGCUCGCGUCAGAUACCUGGUACAGUGACUACUUUGAGCCCCGCAUCAAGGAGUAUUAUCACGGUGACCUGGUCUGGGACAAGUCAGACGUGGAGACGGAUGGUUCUGAUAACAGCCACAUGUGGGUGAUCUACGAUGGCGGUAUCUACGACUUGACCGACUAUUUCGUCACCAUCAAAUAUUAUACCGACACUGCCCACAACUUUUUGGAUACCACACUCGUAAACGCCGUCAAGGAGAACCCCGGCCAGGAUAUCACGUCAAACUGGAACGAGCAUAUCAACAGUGUCAAGACCAAUGCGACGGCAUAUGCCACUGCCAUGAACAGUCUCAACUGCAUCAAGAACACCUUUUAUGUUGGUAUUCCCGAUUUCCGGUAUUCUGCUCGCUGCCAGGUCAACAACUACCUCCUUUUGGCCUUUACCAUUAUCCUGUGCGCCGUUAUUCUGCUCAAGUUCGUCUCUGCUUUGCAAUUUGGUUCCAAGCGCCGGCCAUCUCCCCAGGACAAGUUUGUUAUCUGCCAGGUGCCUGCCUACACCGAGGACGAGGACUCGCUAAGAAAGGCUCUCGACUCCUUGACUGCUCUACAGUAUGACAACAAGCGGAAGCUCAUUUGUGUUAUUUGCGAUGGUGUUAUUAUUGGUAAGGGCAACGACCGUCCCACGCCCAAGAUUGUGCUCGAUAUCCUAGGUGUCGACCCCAAGGUUGAUCCUCCUGCACUUCCAUUCAAGUCCGUCGGAGCUGGCAAUGAGCAGCUCAACUACGGAAAGGUCUACUCUGGUCUCUACGAGUUUGAAGGCAAUGUUGUUCCUUACCUUGUCAUUGUCAAGGUUGGUAAGGAAUCUGAACAGACCAAGGCCAAGCCCGGCAACCGUGGAAAGCGUGACUCUCAGAUCUUGUUGAUGAGCUUCCUCAACCGUGUCCACCACCGUUCUCCCAUGAACCCCUUGGAGCUGGAAAUCUUCCACCAGAUCAACAACAUUAUUGGCGUGGAUCCCGAGCUGUAUGAAUAUCUACUCAUGGUUGAUGCCGAUACGUCUGUUCGCGAGGAUUCUCUCAACAGGCUGGUUGCCGCUUGUGCCAACAACUCCAAGAUUGCCGGUAUCUGUGGUGAGACUGCUUUGCAAAACGAGGAAAGAUCAUGGUGGAGUAUGAUUCAGGUCUACGAAUACUUCAUUUCCCACCAUCUCGCAAAGGCUUUCGAAUCCCUCUUUGGCAGUGUUACCUGUCUUCCUGGUUGUUUCUCCAUGUACCGUCUGCGCACUGCUGACAAGGGCAAGCCGCUGCUGAUUGCUGAUGGUGUGAUUCGCGAGUAUAGUGUCUGCAACGUUGACACUCUCCACAAGAAGAAUCUCUUGUCUCUCGGAGAGGAUCGUUACCUGACCACGCUCAUGACCAAGUACUUCCCUUACAUGUCCUACAAAUUCAUCGCCGACGCGUACUGUCAGACGGCAGCACCCGAAGAGUGGGCGGUUCUGUUGUCCCAAAGACGACGAUGGAUCAACUCUACCAUUCACAACCUGGUCGAACUGAUGAUGCUCAAGGACAUGUGCGGAUUCUGCUGUUUCUCGAUGCGUUUUGUCGUCUUUAUCGAUCUCACUGGUACCAUCAUUCUGCCUGCAACCACCAUCUAUCUCGCUUACCUGAUCUACCGUGUGGCCACCAACACUGGCCAAUUCCCUAUGAUUUCCAUCAUCAUGUUGGCAGCAGUAUACGGUCUUCAAGCAAUCAUCUUUAUCCUCAAGCGACAGUGGCAGCACAUUGGUUGGAUGAUUAUUUACAUCAUCGCCUUCCCUAUCUACUCCUUUAUCCUCCCAAUUUACUCGUUCUGGAAGCAAGACGAUUUCUCCUGGGGUAACACGCGUAUCGUUAUUGGAGAAAAGGGUAGCAAGCAAGUUGUUGCUGUCGAUGGCGAAACAUUUGACCCACGGUCUAUCCCUCUCCAGCGUUGGGAUGAUUACGCAGCUCUCAACAACCUCCCCGGCCGCCGUGGUAACUACUCUGAAAAGGCCGAAGUUCAGCCCUUCGACGACGCAUACGAGAUGGACGAUAUGAAGUCCGUCUACAGCUCCGUCCGUCAGCAGUCGGUACUGCACGGCCUUCAAGGCAACCGCUCCACGUUUAUGCCUCCCACGGCUCAGUCGCCUGGUCACGGUUCCAUGUCCAGAAACUCGGCAUAUAUGCCAUACUCUGAUGGCCACAUUAACCGCCAGUCCACGGCUUCCUUUGGCGAUAUUCAACGCAUCAACAGCCCAUACCAGGACAGGCCCAGCGUGUCCAACCUGCGUAGCGUAGCCAAUAUUUCGCCUUCCAGAGACAUGCACCGCCAGUCCCAAGUGACUCUCGGAUACAGCGGUGGAUCCCGGCUUGGACAAGGCGCCGGUCACCAGAGCCAGAGUUCGUUCGAUUUCCAACGCGGUCACAUUGGUCCCGACGACGCCAUGAUUGUCGAUGCCAUUCAAGCUACCCUCCGCGAGGUGGAUCUCGACACGGUCACCAAGAAGCAAGUCCGCGCUCUUGUCGAGCAGCGCUUGCAAACCGAGUUGACUGGUGAGAGAAGAACAUUCAUGGACAGACAAAUCGACAAUGAGCUGGCCAACAUGUAA